CGGAGGGUGGGCGGGGCCUCUGGAGGCGGACACUGGGAAUUGGCUCUCUCGUGGAGGGUGGGCGGGGCCUCUGGAGAGGACACUCGCACUUGCGCAGGCUCACUCGGGCGGUGGGCGGGGGUCUCGCUGGGCCCCGGAAGGUAGUGGGGAGGCUGAGCGCCCGGCAUGCGGGUGCGACUGCGGGAGCUGCCGACUACGUAGUGGGAUCGGGAGCCGGUGGCGGCGCGCGGGGCAGCCCUCUUUAUAGUCUGGAAAAGAUGACAGAUCUUGUAGCUGUUUGGGACGUCGCAUUAAGUGAUGGCAUCCACAAGAUUGAAUUUGAGCAUGGGACCACCUCAGGCAAACGUGUUGUGUACGUGGAUGGGAAGGAAGAGAUAAGAAAAGAGUGGAUGUUCAAAUUGGUGGGCAAAGAAACGUUCUACGUCGGAGCCGCAAAAACCAAAGCCACCAUAAAUAUAGAUGCUGUCAGUGGUUUUGCGUAUGAGUACACCCUGGAAAUUGAUGGGAAAAGCCUCAAGAAGUACAUGGAGAACAGAUCAAAGACCACCAACACCUGGGUAUUGCAUUUGGACGGCAAGGACAUGAGAGUUGUUCUGGAAAAAGACACUAUGGAUGUAUGGUGCAAUGGUCAAAAAAUGGAGACAGCAGGCGCGUUUGUAGAUGACGGGACUGAAACACACUUCAGUGUUGGGAGCCAUGAGUGUUACAUAAAAGCUGUCAGCAGCGGGAAGAGGAAAGAAGGCAUCAUCCAUACGCUCAUUGUGGACAACCGGGAAGUCCCAGAGCUCUCUGUGUGACGGCUCGGUAGUGAGGUUCCGAACCAAAGAGGUGACAUCAGGACUUGCUAAUGGCUGUGGUCAUUAAACGUGUUCAGUAUGUACAUAUCGGUAGAUUUAGUCUUCGAUGUUUUUAUUUGUAUCUUUUGUUACUUGAAACUGUGAUGUUCCAAUGGUCAAGAAAAAAUGUGGACUCAGACUCAUAAAAAUUUAUUUUUAACUAAUGUAAAAUGUUUCUAAUUCAGAUGGAAAAUAAAAUGUGGACCCAAACCACUAACAUCUCACAACAGUAACCUUAACUGUGAUCGUGAACACUGUAAAAUAAACUGGUGCUGCUGGCUGUGUCCCACA